GGGUGAAUAAGCGCUUCUUGUGAAGAACAACUAUUAGUGAGUUUCAUCUCAUCCUCUUCAUCAUGCUGCUGCUUCUUCAUGUGCUGAUGCUGUCGCUUCUCUCCAGUUGUUCAGCCAGAGUUGUGCAGGAUUUUGAGAGUGAAUGUGGUCAAUUUUUUGCAAAUAGAAAAUCGCCAACAAUAUUUUCUGACUCACAAUAUAAGCAGAUCUGCCAAACUCUAAAUAAUAAUGUUUAUUAUGCCACAUACUAUGACACUCACAACAGGAUCCCCGUGUACUCAGCCUACAAGUUUGAGGGACUAAAGGACUGCAAAAGACUAGACAAGUGGUACAUUGAACCUCAACUUGAUGAUACAAAUAAAUCACCAAGCAUGGAAUUUGAGAAAGAUGUAAGAAACAUAAUACAAGGACUUGGAUAUCAUCAAGCUCUCAGUAGAGAUUAUAUAAAGUCGAAACAUGACCGAGGUCAUCUGGAGCCAGUCUUCCAGGCAAACUCCCAGGGCUGUGCGAAUGCCACCUUCACUCUCACCAAUGCUGCUCCACAAGACCCCUCUUUUAACCGAGGCCAGUGGAGGAAACUAGAAGAAAAAAUGGCAGAAAAACUGUCCAAUCAAUGUCUACCGAAAAAAUAUAAUGUUUAUAUUGUGACAGGGGUGGUACCAGGUAAUAAUACAAUAAACAAUAGAGUGAAUGUGCCUAGUCAUUUCUGGACUGCAUACUGCUGCUUAGACAACAAUAACAAAUGUAAGAUCUCAGGAGGAUUUAUUGGAGUGAAUGAGAACAUCACUCCUGAAGAAAAACCUACUGUGAAGGAUUUAGAGGAAAAGUUGAAAGAUCUUUAUAAAGUCACAUCAUUUAAGUUGUUUCAUAGCUCUACAGAACCCUAAGCAAAGGGAAAAAAUGAAUAGAUUAAGACUAAGAAGAAUUUUGAAACCAACUGUGUUGUUUGUUUUAUUUUUGACUAAAUGUUCAUAAUUGUCAUCUGAAUCAUAAAUAGAGCCUUAAAACUCCAGUUUUAUAUGUAAUUUCCCAAUUUUUCAGAUUCUUAGAUGUUUGUUUGUAAUUAAUAAUUAAAGCAAUUAUAAAGUGCAUAAAUUAAUUAAUGAAAAUUAUUUGAUUGUAAUUUGUAUCCUUGUAAUGUCUCAACUGUAAAACUAAUAACCUCUUAUAUCUCUA